AUGUCGGCUCUCUACGGGAUCAACGCUAACAACGACGCCACUGCUGCAAGGCAGGGUGCUCCUGGUGCUGGUUCAGUUGGCCAUACCGUGCCCUUUGCCGAUCAACACGAGCACGACGAUGAAGCGAUUAACGAGAAGCCCUCCUCAUCACCUGCCGACACUCUCGGUAAGGGCGACGACGAGGAUGAUUCCGAGAUGGAGCGACGAACUUCUAUCGUCCAGGCCCUUGCGCGAUCUUAUUCGCAUGCCUCGGGCACUCACCCCACCGGACAGAACCCUUUCCAGGCCGGCGAGGACUCACCUCUCAACCCCAACUCUCCCAACUUUAACGCUCGCGAAUGGGCCAAGUCUGUUGUCGAGCUAGUGCGACAGGAUGGUGCUGGUUUCCGAUCUGCUGGUGUUUGCUACCAGAACCUCAACGUCUACGGUUAUGGUGGCGCCAGCGAUUACCAGGCCGACGUUGGUAACGUUUGGCUCGCUCUUGACGAUGUUGUCGGCCGAGUUACUGGCAGAAGCCGACAGCGCAUCGAUAUUCUGCGCAACUUUGACGGUGUUGUCCACGCUGGUGAGAUGCUUGUCGUUCUUGGACCUCCCGGUGCUGGAUGCUCCACCACGCUCAAGACGAUCGCUGGUGAGCUCAACGGUAUCUACGUUGACGAGGGCUCUUACUUCAACUACCAGGGUAUGAGCGCCAAGGAGAUGCACUCCCACCACCGUGGUGAGGCCAUUUACACUGCCGAAAUCGAUGUCCAUUUCCCUAUGUUGUCCGUUGGCGACACCCUCACUUUCGCCGCCCGUGCCCGACAGCCCCGCCAGCUUCCCCAGGGCUUGAACCGCAACGACUUCGCCGACCACCUCCGAGAUGUCGUUAUGGCUAUGUUUGGUAUUUCUCACACCGUCAACACUCGCGUCGGUAACGAAUACAUUCGUGGUGUUUCCGGUGGUGAGCGCAAGCGUGUUACCAUUUCUGAGGCUGCCCUCUCCGGAGCUCCUCUGCAAUGCUGGGAUAACUCUACUCGAGGUCUCGACUCUGCCAACGCCAUCGAAUUCUGCAAAACCCUUCGUCUCCAAACCGAGCUCUUCAACAACACCGCUGUUGUCUCCAUUUACCAGUCUCCUCAGAGCGCUUACGACCUUUUCGACAAGGCUACUGUUCUCUACGAGGGUCGCCAGAUCUUCUUUGGCCGCGCCGACGCUGCCAAGCAGUACUUUGUCAACCUCGGUUUCGAGUGCCCUGCUCGCCAGACCACUCCUGAUUUCCUGACUUCCAUGACUGCUCCCAGUGAGCGAAUCGUGCGAGAGGGAUUCAAGGGCAAGGUUCCCCGAACUCCUGAUGAGUUUGCUACUGCCUGGAAGAACAGCGCCGAGUACAAGGCUCUUCAGGUUGAGAUUGAGGAGUACAAGGUCGCUCACCCCAUCAACGGCCCUGAUGCCGAGGCUUUCCGUGCCUCUAAGCAGGCUCAGCAGGCUAAGCGUCAGCGAGCCAAGUCUCCCUACACUCUCUCCUACAUGCAGCAGAUUCAGCUUUGUCUGUGGCGUGGAUGGCUUCGUCUCAAGGGUGAUCCUGGUAUCACUGUUGGUUCUCUUAUUGGUAACUUUGUCAUGGCUCUUAUUAUCGGUUCCGUCUUCUACAACCUCCCUGAGACUUCGGAAAGUUUCUUCCAGCGUGGUGCCCUCCUCUUCUUUGCUGUUUUGAUGAACGCUUUCGCUAGUGCUCUCGAGAUUCUGGCCCUGUAUGCACAGCGUCCAAUCGUGGAAAAACAUAGUCGUUACGCGCUUUAUCACCCGUCCGCCGAAGCUAUCGCAUCGAUGCUUUGUGACUUACCGUACAAAGUCGCAAAUACCAUCGUCUUCAACCUUACACUUUAUUUCAUGACCAACCUGAAACGGACGCCCUCAGCAUUCUUCUUCUUCAUGCUGAUGUCCUUCGUUGUCGUCUUGGUCAUGUCUAUGAUCUUCCGUACCAUCGCCUCCGCUACUCGAAGUCUCUUCCAGGCUCUUGUCCCCGCCGCUAUUCUGAUUCUGGAUCUCGUCAUCUUUACUGGUUUCGUCAUUCCUAAGCGUUAUAUGCUUGGCUGGUGCAAGUGGCUGUACUGGAUCGACCCUAUUGCCUACGCUUUCGAGGCUGUAGUUGUCAACGAGUUCCACAACCGAAAUUAUGAGUGCAACCAGUUCAUUCCCAACCCUAUGGUUCAAGGAUACGCCGACGUCCCCCAAGACAGCCGUGUCUGCAGCGCUGUCGGUGCUGAACCUGGAAAAUCUGCUGUCAAUGGUGACCGCUACGCUGAGCUGCAAUUCGGUUACAAGUGGGAGAACCGUUGGCGCAACUUCGGAAUUGUCCUUGCCUGGAUUGUCCUUUUCACCAUCACCUACAUGACCGCCGCCGAACUUGUCUCUGAGAAGAAGUCCAAGGGUGAAGUCCUGGUCUACCGACGUGGUCACAAGCCUGCUGCCGUCGCCAACGCUGAGAAGAAGCACUCCGAUCCUGAGGCCGCCAUGGCUCACAUUGGUCCUAUGGUUACUGCCGAGCGCACCCGCAGCCGAGCUAGCGGAACCAAGCAGGCUGGUGGUAUGCUCCAGGAGCAAACUUCUGUUUUCCAGUGGCAUGAUGUCUGCUAUGAGGUCAAGAUCAAGGAUGAGACUCGCCAAAUCUUGAACAACGUUGAUGGUUGGGUUAAGCCCGGUACUUUGACUGCUCUUAUGGGUGUUUCUGGUGCUGGUAAAACCACUCUUCUAGACUGUUUGGCCGACCGUACUUCUAUGGGUGUUAUCACUGGUGAGAUGUUGGUCGACGGUAACCCCCGAGACAUGUCCUUCCAGCGCAAGACUGGUUAUGUUCAGCAACAGGAUCUUCACCUUCAAACUUCGACCGUCCGAGAGGCCCUCAACUUCAGUGCCCUUCUACGCCAGCCCGCUCACGUCCCCAAGCAAGAGAAGCUCGACUAUGUCGACCAGGUCAUCAAGCUACUCGAUAUGGAAGAAUAUGCCGAUGCCGUCGUUGGUGUUCCCGGUGAGGGUCUCAACGUUGAGCAACGUAAGCGUCUUACUAUCGGUGUCGAACUUGCUGCCAAGCCUCCUCUGCUGCUUUUCGUCGAUGAGCCUACCUCUGGUCUCGACUCUCAGACCUCUUGGGCUAUCCUGGACCUUCUUGAGAAGUUGACCAACGCCGGCCAAGCCAUUCUUUGCACAAUCCACCAGCCUUCUGCCAUGUUGUUCCAGCGCUUCGAUCGACUUCUCUUCCUUGCCAAGGGUGGUAAGACUGUCUACUUCGGUGAUAUUGGCGAGAACUCCCACACCAUGAUCAGCUACUUUGAACGUAUGAGCGGAAAGACCUGCCCUACCGAAGCCAACCCUGCCGAAUGGAUGUUGGAAGUUAUUGGCGCUGCUCCCGGAUCCCACACCGACCUUGACUGGUUCCAGACCUGGCGCGAUAGUCCCGAAUACCAGGAAGUCCAAACCGAACUCGAGCGUAUCAAGCAAGAGAAGCAGGGCGUUACUGAUACCGAUGUUGAUGAUGGUAGCUACCGCGAGUUCGCUGCUCCCUUUGGCGUUCAACUCAAGGAAGUCCUCUACCGUGUGUUCCAGCAGUACUGGCGUACUCCUGUUUACAUCUACUCCAAGGCUGCCCUUUGCUCUCUCGUCGCUCUCUUCAUCGGUUUCGUCUUCUUCAAGGCUCCCAACACUAUCCAGGGUCUUCAGAACCAGAUGUUUGCCAUCUUCAACUUGCUCACUAUCUUCGGUCAAUUGGUACAACAAUCUAUGCCGCAGUUCGUCAUCCAACGUUCCUUGUAUGAAGUCCGCGAGCGUCCUUCAAAGGUUUACUCGUGGAAGAUCUUUAUGCUUGCGCAACUUAUUGUCGAACUUCCAUGGAACAGUUUAAUGGCCGUCAUUAUGUACUUUGGAUGGUACUACCCCGUCGGUCUUUACAACAACGCCUCCGCCGCUGGUCAAACUCACGAGCGCGGUGCUCUCAUGUUCCUGUUGCUCUUGGCCUUCCUCCUCUUUACUGCUACAUUCUCGACCAUGAUCAUUGCUGGAUUUGAGACAGCUGAGGGUGGUGCCAACGUUGCCAACUUGCUAUUCAUGCUUUGUCUGAUCUUCUGUGGUGUCCUCGCUACCAAGGACUCUCUUCCCGGCUUCUGGGUCUUUAUGUACUACGUAUCACCGUUCACGUACAUAGUAGGCGGGAUGUUAGCAACAGGUGUCGCCAACACAGACGUCACCUGUGCCAGCAAUGAACUCGUCCCUCUCAACCCACCCAACGGCUCGACCUGUAUCGAGUACAUGGGUGACUACAUCCAGGCUUUGGGUGGCUACCUCGUCGAUGACGAUGCCACCUCAAACUGCCAGUUCUGCAGUAUCGCCAAGACAAACACCUACCUCGCAGGUGUUAACAUUGAUUACGCCGACCGCUGGCGUAACUUUGGUCUCAUCUGGGUCUACAUCAUCUUCAACAUGGCUGCCGCGCUCUUCAUCUACUGGCUUGCACGCAUGCCCAAGAAGACCUUCAAGAAGGCCAAGAAGGAGAAGGCUGCUAAGGCCUAA